UAAUUAUUGCCCCCCGCCCUCAGUCCGGAGUCCGCGCUCUCACCCAAUCAAUUGCACCUUUACCGGGGCCCUUCCAGUCAGAGAUAAACGACAUGAAAGUUCUUAUUCUCGGCGCCAGCGGCUUCAUCGGCUCCGCGGUCACUCACGCCUUCGUUCGCGCCGGACACAUUGUUUGGGGACAGACCCGAUCUCAAGAUACGGCGGACAUUCAGUUCGGUCCUCGGGAGAUCAUCCCCGUCGUUUGCGACCCCACGACAACGGAGGGUCAGGCUACCUGGACCAAGAUUGCCAAGCAAGUAGAUGCUGUUGUCGAUUGUCUCGCCGCCGGAGGCGCCGAGCAGGCACUUAGUAUUCUCAACGCCUUCCUCGCCGCCGUAAAGGGCCGGCCCAAAGGCUCUCCCCGUCCGACCUACGUUUACUGCAGCGGGCACUAUGUGAUGGCUCGAGGUUAUGGAGGCCUGGACGAGUGGUCGGACGAGCGCCAGCCUGCUGAAGCACCUAUCAAUAAGGGGACGAUCUGGCGCACAAAGAUCGAGGGAGCUGUUCUGGGAGAGUCCUCAAUCAACGGCAUUGUAGUCCGUCCGGCGUGCGUGUAUGGCAGCAGCGGCUCCUACUUUGGCGAUUAUCACUUCAAACCGGCGCUCGAAGCGUUGAACUCCGGAAAGUCGGAAUUCGACUCGAUCAUCUCUGCCAACGGCAAGAUUCUCACCAUCCACCAGGACGACGCAGCUGAGCUGUUCGUACGUGUAGCUGAAGCGGCGCCUGUUUGCCGUGGUCAAGUCUUCCUUGCAGCCAAUCCGUCCACCGACAACAUCCGCGACAUUCUGGAUGCCAUUGUGCGCAUCACUGGUCUCAAGGCUUGGAAAGCCAAAGCGCCAGCGGACGCGUACGAGACCGCUUGGAUCACACCAUUGCUGGCGCGUCCAUCUCUUGGUAAUGCCCUGACUGGAUGGCAGCCCAAGCGGAUGGCGGUGUCUGACGGUAUGGAUGUUUAUUGGAUGUCGUUCGUCAAAUCGGAAGAGUUAAAGAAGAACCGUCAGUCGAAGAUGUGAGGGAGCACUGCUGAAUGUAUUGAGGAUGUAUCCAAAGUACAGCCUCCCAGUUUGUACAGAGAUCAGAGACCAGGUUGCCCCUUCGUCGCAUAUUGCGACACGCGCCCUCCUAUCCGUGACGUAGUGCAUUGCAAGCGUUUAGAGUGGAUAGCGUGUUCAAGGUGAUUUGAUUUGGAAAGUGUAG